AAAGAGUGAAGACCCUUACUCUUUCCCUUUCCCUUCCCUCUCUCUCCUCUCUCUCCUCUGUUCGGCACUCUGAGUUACAACUUUCAAAGCAAAAUCUCUCUUUCUCUUUCUCUCCCUACUUUUCUCUCUCUUUGGCUUUGGGGGUUUGAAUCGAAUGGACAGUGAUAGACCGGAAAAGGAGGAGGAAAAAGCUUUUUGAGCAACAACAAUCAGCUUUGAGCUUCUGCUUCUUCUGCUUCUUCUGCUUCCAUGGCGAUCUCUUAGAGGAGAGCGUGAUGCUUCCAUGGAGGGAGGGGGAGGGGUUUCCAGUUUCCUCCAUUAGGGGCUUCAAAUUGUAGAAAAGGAUGGAUAAAUUGGAUAGCUUGAAGUUGUAGUAGUAGUAGUAGUCAGGAACUCCAUCCUCUUUCUUCGGUUGGUGAGGGUGGUUUUGCAGAUUAGGGUUUUCCUAUGUGUGAAUUUUUAAAUAUAAUUAGGGAAAGGUUUAGGUUGAUAUUUAUAUAUCUUUAGUGAUAUGAAGCUUUCAACAUCAGGGUUGGGUCAGCAGGAUCAUGAAGGAGGAGGAGGAUUGGAAAAGAAGUGCUUGAAUUCGGAGCUGUGGCAUGCGUGCGCGGGACCUCUGGUGUCCCUGCCGACACCUGGGACUCGUGUAGUCUACUUUCCGCAGGGCCACAGCGACCAGGUUGCUGCCACUACCAACAAGCAAGUUGAUGCCCACAUACCAAACUACCCGAACUUGCCACCCCAGUUAAUCUGUCAGCUCCACAAUGUGACAAUGCAUGCAGAUGUGGAGACAGAUGAAGUAUAUGCCCAAAUGACAUUGCAGCCUUUGACGCCGCAAGAACAAAAGGAAACAUUUCUUCCAAUGGAGUUGGGGCUUCCAAGCAAGCAACCGACAAACUACUUUUGCAAGACAUUGACGGCGAGUGAUACUAGUACACACGGAGGCUUCUCUGUUCCACGUCGUGCUGCCGAGAAAGUUUUUCCUCCACUGGAUUUUUCGCUACAACCUCCAGCUCAGGAACUAAUUGCUAGGGAUCUCCAUGAUGUUGAGUGGAAGUUUAGGCAUAUUUUUCGAGGACAGCCGAAACGACAUCUUCUUACUACAGGCUGGAGUGUGUUUGUUAGUGCCAAAAGACUUGUUGCCGGAGAUUCUGUUCUUUUUAUUUGGAAUGAAAAGAAUCAGCUUCUUUUGGGGAUUCGCCAUGCUACUCGACCACAAACUGUGAUGCCGUCUUCUGUUUUGUCAAGCGAUAGCAUGCAUAUUGGACUUCUUGCAGCUGCGGCUCAUGCAGCUUCAACUAAUAGCUGUUUUACGGUUUUUUAUAAUCCAAGGGCUAGUCCAUCUGAGUUUGUCAUACCCCUAUCAAAAUACAUUAAAGCAGUAUUUCACACACGUGUUUCAGUUGGGAUGCGAUUCCGGAUGCUAUUUGAGACUGAAGAGUCUAGUGUCAGAAGGUACAUGGGUACGAUAACUGGCAUAAGUGACCUGGAUCCUGUUCGGUGGCCAAAUUCUCAUUGGCGAUCUGUCAAGGUUGGUUGGGAUGAGUCAACUUCAGGUGAGAGGCAGCCAAGGGUAUCGUUAUGGGAGAUUGAGCCUUUGACAACUUUCCCCAUGUAUCCAUCACUGUUUCCCCUUCGACUGAAACGUCCUUGGAUUCCUGGGGCCUCAUCUAUGCAUGAUAAUAGAGAUGAAGCUAAUAGCUUAAUGUGGCUAAGGGGGGGAGCUGGGGAGCAAGGUCUUCAGUCAAUGAACUUUCAAAAUGUAGGUAUGUUUCCAUGGAUGCAACAGAGAUUGGAUUCAACAUUGAUUGGAAAUGAUCACAAUCAGCAGUACCAGUCCAUGUUGGCUGCUGGUUUGCAGAAUCUAGGAAGUGGGGAUCAACUAAGACAACAGAUGAUGCACUUUCAGCAGCCUUUUCAGUAUGUUCAGCAGCCGGGUAGCCACAAUCCGAUGCUGCAGUUACAACAGCAAGCAAUUCAGCAGUCAAUCCCUCAUAAUAUCCUGCAGGGACAGCCACAAGUUUCAAUGGAGAAUAUGCAUCAGCAACUUCUCCAGCAACAAUUUAACAAUCAAACUGAUGCGCAGGUGCAGCAACAGCAAAAUGCCUAUCAGGAUGCACUCAAGGUUCAAAAUGAACAGCUCCAUCAGAGUCAUGUGCCAUCUCCAUCAUUUACAAAACCAGACUUCAGUGAUUCAAGCACAAAUUUCUCCACAUCUACUCCUAGACAGAACGUGCUUGGUACACUCUGUCCUGAGGGGAGGGGGAAUCUUUUGAGCAUGUCCAGUGCUGGUCAUUCAAUGCCAACUGAGCAGUCACCUCAACAAUCCUGGGAUCCUAAGUAUGCACAUGGACAAGCCAAUGCUUUUUCCAACUCAAUGUCAUUUCCACCAUUUAAUGGGAAAGACAACGCAGUUGAGCAAGAGAAUUUAAAUUCAGAUACCCAUAAUCCUACUCUGUUUGGUGUUAAUAUUGAAUCUUCUGGACUACUAUUCCCAAACACUGUGCCCAGUUUUGCGACUUCGUCAAAUGAUGCUGACAUUUCAAUGCCUUUAGGGAACACAGGAUUUCAGAGCUCUCUGUAUGGUUGCAUGCAAGACUCAUCUGAGUUGUUGCACGGUGCAGGGCAAGUUGAUCCACCAACCCCCAACAAUUGUACAUUUGUCAAGGUUUAUAAGUCAGGUUCGGUUGGCCGCUCAAUUGACAUCUCCCGGUUCAGCAGCUAUCAUGAGCUGCGAGAAGAGCUGGGACAGAUGUUUGGAAUUGAGGGGAAGUUGGAAUAUCGUCUUAGAUCAGGCUGGCAGCUUGUAUUCGUUGACAGGGAGGAUGAUGUGCUUCUCCUUGGAGACGAUCCAUGGGAGUCAUUUGUGAACAAUGUUUGGUAUAUCAAGAUACUUUCUCCCGAGGAUGUGCACAAAAUGGGGCACCAAGCAGUUGAAUCCUUUAGCCCAAAUACGGGUCAAAGGUUGAACAGCAGUGGCUGUGAAGGGCAAGAUAUUGUUUCAGGGCCACCGUCUCUUGGCUCACUUGAAUAUUGAAACUUGUUGGUUGUGUGAAACCGUUCCACGUUCUGCUUCUAGUCCUCUUGGAGACACUUCCAGUUGAAUGCAUUAGCAUGCGAUACGAGGCUCAAUCUGGUGUUCGGCGUGCAUUUUCAUCGGUAUUGUAUGGCUUAUCUUUCAGAGACCGUUAAGCUCUGAUGAAAAAGAUGUUUAUGGUUAAAUAUAUUUGAAGUUUGGGAAAAUCAUUCAACGUUAAAGAUUUGUAGCAUUGUAUCCUUAGAAGGAUUUUUCUUGUUUCUAGCAGCCAAUUUAGCAUCCAGAAAUUAUUGAUUAUGAGGUGCACUUUUUGUGGGUGCAGCAGCAUUAUUCUUGCUCCACCAUUUCUUAA